CCCCCCUCACCAUCUUGCGGCCGCUGGUCGGAGAUCUCCGCCCCAGUCAUGUUGGGCUACAGCUCGGAGCCCGGAUGCGCCGCCAUGCCGCCUCUACCAGCGAGCGAACGCUGUCUCCAGCAACCUGCCUGACGCUGGAGCACUAGGAGUUGACUGAGGAAGUCUUCACCGGCGGUGGAGGGGGACACGGGAGCCGUCUCAGCGGCCGCCACGCUUUGUUUUCUUUCGUGUUUGUGCGUCGACCUGCCGCCGUGUAGGAACACUUGUGUGUGUAUAUGAGUGUGUGUGUGUGAGUUAGCUCAGGCUAACGCUAGCUCCGAGUGCGGGGUAGUGACAGUCCGGCCGGAGGCGGGGAGGAGAACUGCGAGAUUGAGGAAAACACGUCAAUGUCUGCAUCAGCUCUGCAAACCAAACAAGAUGUCUGCUGAUGAGGAUACUGUAAAAACUGGCGGUCCGCAGGCCAGCUCAGAUUGCACUGGAGGUUACAGUAACAUGUCCGUAAUGGUGGAGGGUGCCACGGCCACCCCUGACUUUGCGGCUGCGUGUCCCGUCCCGGGCACUGCAGCCUCGCCGAAACACACCAGCACGACCGACGUGCUUAGUCACUCAGACGAUAAUGGACAGAGAACCAGAGGGAACGAGGACAACAUCAGUCGCAGGAACAGCUUUCAUCAUUCCAAACAACAGCAGCAAACAAAAUUAACUAAGCGGCGCAACACAGCAAGCUUUGGUUUCAAGCAUCCGACAUCUGGCAAGAGGAGACGAAGGGCCAACUCCGAGAGUGACUCCGUCCUGCCCACCAACUUCCUUCUGGGUGGGAACAUUUUCGACCCACUAAAUCUCAACAGCCUGCUGGAUGAGGAUGUGAACAGGGCACUGAAUGCAGAGACGCCCAAAUCCUCCCCUCUUCCAGCGAAGAGUCGAGACCCUGUGGAGAUCCUUAUCCCCAGAGACAUCACAGAUCCGCUGAACCUGAACAGCGGGAUAGCAGACAGCAGCUUUUUGGUGUCCCCCUAUAAGAGCAGUGGAAGGAAGAGACACCGCAACAGACACCAUGGAGGAACAGGAGGAGGUGGGAUUUCAAACACACAGAUCAACCUCUCUGAAUCAGGAAAAUUUGAGGUCAAAACUGGCUGCUCUGCUCUGCUUCCAGGUGUGUUAGCCUCAGGCUCUGCCCUAGAUGUCUCCAAAGAGUCAGACAGUGUCUCCAAUGUCACAGGAGAAUCCCAUGAGCACUCAGCUGACACCACAGCCAGCUUCAAGGAGGAGACAACAUCUAUAUCAAUGGAGGAUUCCGCUUCCUCUGUAUUGGGAGGUCCUAACCAGCACACAGGCAGACGUAAGCGGCGGCGCAACUCUGGAAAAAUGGAGCUUCCUGUAACCCAUUCUACCCCCGUUGCAAAGUCAGGAUCUGGAGACAAGAGUAGCAGUACAGGGGGACAGAGAUACUCUCAGUCUUUCCAUACACCAAGAAGUGGUUCUAAAACAGGCUCAGGAGGCCGCCAGCACCAGCAGCAACACAACCAUGCCAAGGAGCAACAGAAGAAGUUCCAGUAUGGGAACUACAACAAGUAUUAUGGCUACCGCAACCCGGGCGCUAGUGAGGACCCACGGGCGCGUGUGCUUCGUCCAGAAUGGUUUGAAGGUAAAGAGGUACUGGAUUUGGGGUGCAACUCAGGCCACAUAACACUGUAUAUUGCCAAAAUGCUAAGACCUGCCCGCAUAUUAGGUCUUGAUAUUGACAGUGGCCUGGUGCACGCAGCCCGAAAGAACAUCAGACAUUAUCUUUCCGAGAUGCAGACCCAAGAGGCCAGGCGGGCAAUGCAGGAGAAAAAGAGCACUAAACAGGUGGAGAGGAAUGGAAACGACAGUCACACGGGCACAGAAAAGAAGCACAAGGAAGAGGAGAGCAGGGACGAAAAUGGGAAACCAGUGAAAGGAGAGGAGGAGAGAAGUGGCCCCGCAGAGGCUGUAAAUGACAAUGGCUCCUGUCGCACAGAUGAGGCAGGGACCCAGAGGCAGGGCAGCAAAACAGAGGAAAUGGAGCAAGAGGACUGUGAUUCGGGUCCUCUUGAUCCCUCUGUGAGCUGCUCUUUUCCCAUGUCCCUGCGGAUCUCAAGGGGGCCCAUUGCUGCACCACCACUAACAGAAACAUCCACCACACGGCCUGGGGAGUUCCCCGCAAAUGUGUCCUUCAUCAAGGCCAAUUAUGUAUUGGAGAGUGAUAAUCUGCUUCUGACUCAGCGGCCAGAGUAUGAUGUAAUCCUUUGCCUGAGUGUUACCAAGUGGGUUCACCUGAACUGGGGAGACACUGGCGUCAAGCGGCUCUUCAAGAGAGUCUACAGACACCUCCGUCCUGGAGGCUUGUUCAUCCUCGAGCCGCAGCCGUGGGAGUCGUAUGUGAGGAGGAGGAAGCUGACUGAUAAUAUUACCGGGAAUUAUAACAGCAUCCGCCUCAGACCUGACCAGUUUUCAUCAUACCUUACAUCUGAGGUGGGCUUCACCAGUUUUGAGCACCUUGGGACCCCCAAAUGUUCAAUAAAAGGUUUUCAGAGGCCAAUUUACUUAUUUCACAAAUGACCGCUCCUGCCUUGAAGAUCAUUGAAUGUGAGUAGCCUAAAUACAAGCCAGCCAGCUGCUCUGGACUGCAAGGAAUCUUCCUGAAUCCUUAAGAGUCUCUCCGGCUUUUCAGACGCUGAAGAUGAAAUGGGACCAGAAGUCGAAUUAAUUUUGUAAAGAUGAGAUCUGUUGAGAAGAGGCACCUAUCAGAAUUUUCUGUGACUUCAAAUUCUUUCGGUAUGACAUGAACUCUGAUGGGAGUCUACAAUGUUGUCCAACAAGGAGCCAGACAUCAUAGUUUGGCCAGACUGGAAAAUUAGCUCAUCUGAACAGUUUCCUCGCGCUAAUGAUGCCCCAGUUUGAUACACAGCCAUAACACAUGUUUGGAUACCUUUGGCCAUAUUUCUCUGCUUUCAUGAUUUAUUUCUGUGCCACCAUGUCACCACACGGUAACAUAUUAGGGUUGGGCGAUGAGGCACAACGUUCCAAUGGGACACCAUCACCGCUGGAAAUAACUGGUGAAUUUACCAGAUUAUCUCACUGUAAAACCGCAGUGUAACACUGGAUUACAAAGCCAUUAAACAUUUACAUGAUGUCUCUUUAAAACCCACACUCGAGUGCAGAUAGAGGACACUGCAGGCUGAUGGUAAACGGAGCCCCAUAUUGCCAGCUGCCACUGAUGGCACAGGAAAUGUUCUCUUUGUUGUUAAGUAUUUGGAUUAGGUUUGAAGCUUCGCAUCAGCAGACACAUUAAUGCAAAUUUUGGUGGUUUUAAAACAGCCAGAGUCAAUCAGUGGAUCACUAAUAGCGGAUCUCCAGUAUUUGUCCCAUCUCCUAACCCUAAUAUGUAGUUUGUUUGUCAUUAUUUUGCAAAAUGGACCUUAGAGCUGAAUUAACCAUAAUCUGAUACAGAGCUGUAAAAAUGUAAAACUCCUUUUUUUGAAAUAGACAAAACCAAAAGCUCUAAAAUUUCUGUAAACCUGUGGAAAGAGGUUUGUCUAAGCGAUAAAGAUAAUGAUGCACUCAAAACAGCCAAAACAAGGAACAUCCUGUGAAAUACUGAAAGUUGUUUGAGUGCUGUUGUUUACUUCCCUUAAUCAGCAACACAUUUACCACUAAGUGAUAUUUUUUCUGCAGCUUAAGUGAAAAGGAGCUGUAUAAUGGUAGAGUACUGACAAACUGGUUGUUCCCUCCAGUCCCUGCGAUGCCCUCUUUCCUCACUGUGUUGCCAAAUGAGUGCAUUCACUCAAGUGUCUCGUUUCCAUCACUGCCGAUUGGAGCCGAUAAAAACCAGUGUCUUCUGCAGAGUCCUUUGACCUGCAAGUGAAUGAUGGUUAUAUCCAUUCCCAUUGCAGACAAAAGCCAGAUGUGAGCUGGUGUUAGUGGGGGUUUUCACCAAGAAGCUGUAUAGUUCAACAGUGCUUACUAUAAUUGGAAAGUAGAAUACUGGCUCAGCAGCAAUUUCAAAUUCUAAAUUGAAAAAUCUGAUGUUGGCAAUAUCAAGAUAAAUAGUUUGGGCUGUUUUGAGUGUUGCUCCAUCCCAAUGGUAGGGGGCACAUUUGAGCUGUGGUGACGCAGUGGUGGGUUCAGCUCAAGAUCAUUCAGCACAGACACCACAAGGACUAUUUUGCAAAGUAGACAUUUGGCAUGCAGUAAUCUGUUUUCUUUUCUUUUUUUCAAUGACAGUGAAGCCAUAGCCCGACCUUACAUGUUGUUUACAAUGUCCUCCAUGGAGUUCUGACAAGAGAAUGAAAAUAAGAGUGAAAUUGAAAGGGGGCUGUUGAGAGAGUUGCCACAGCUUCUUCAGUGCUGUGUUAAUGUGACACAUGCUUAGUUUUGCACAGUCUGACCAGCACUGCUGCACAGGCUUUAAUUCAAACAGCAUCAGAAUCACUUGAAGUACCUUGGUGGGGGUUUUUUAGCUCCUGAGUUUUUCUUAACUUCUGUGAGGCUGAACAAAAGAUGACAUCUGCAGAAAAUGGAUGAAUUACUGGAAUCUGUCCACAAGAAGUUCGUUUUUUUUAACCUAAUUUGAAAAGUAUAAUGCUGUUUGUAUUAAAGUGCAAAAAGAAUUGAUGUGUCUUGAAUUUUGACAAAAUAUAUCAUCAUCACGUUAGUCUUUGGCCCAAUAAGUACAGUUAUGAGUUACAGGUGGUCAGGUUCUGUCUGUGAUUGUAUCUUUGUUGGAGUGCACCGAUCACUCAUCUACAACCUUUCCUUUAAAUUGGCUGUGACAGAAAAUCUUCCUUUUUGGUGACUGGUUCAGUCACAGCAUUUAGCACACUGGGGUAGGAGAUAAUGAUGGAUGAUUUUUAUUUUAGUAUGUGAUCAGUGUAAAUUAGUUUGGAAGUUUUGUUUCUACUGUUGUCAAUAUUUAGUUCAUAACUGCUUUUGUCAUUUUCUUCAAGUGGAUUUGUUUUUGACGUGUUUUCAAAUGUUUGCUGCCAAUUUGCAAGUUAAGUCCCAGGUCAGAGUUUCCGUCUCCUUUAACAGAUCAGUAAUCCAGUUCUGUAACAACAAUUGAACAUGUACAUUGCAGAGUUCUGGUAUGAUUUGCUUUGUUCUGUCCUGGCAGGCACAUGGAUUGUUAGAUUAGCUCUUUAUUUUUUUUUUAUAAACUCUUUGAAAGGAGUGUUUGUGUUAAUGCACUUUCAUUUCACUUCAUUUGACAUGUUCUAGACAUUUUUUCAAUUCUUCAAGAUUCAGAUUUUGCAUACUUUUUUCCGUCAGACUUUUUUAUAACAAAUUGUGGAACACUGAUUAACCUAUAAAACGAAGCUUCAGGUUAUGUUUUGAAUCAAAAGUGAAUUGGACGCAGCCUCAGUUGGCCCAACAGACACGGCACCAAAUCACACUUCCCUCCUAAGCUCAGACAAUCGGAUUCUCAGGCUUAGAUCAGCCCACUGCUGUAGUUUUAAGGGCAUUUUGCAUUCUGCGUUAUUAACAAAAUGUUUUCCUUUUUGCAGGUCACAUGAUAAGUUUAAGCAUUUUAUUUGAAAAAUGAAUUGGUUGAAGCUCAUUUGUUUUACCCACUGAUGUUGAAGAUUGCACCUUACUGUCUCAGCAGUGGUCUUUCACAGAUUUCAACCCUAGGCCUGAUUUGUUAGUCCAGGUGUUCAAGUGAAAGAAUGUCUUUGCUGAAGAUGUGAAAUUACAUGUUGUCAUACUGUGUUGUUUAAAAUCUUUGUACUUCCUUCGAAGUUGUGCACCAUGUUGUGCCAAAUCCUAGAUUAAAUUAACUUUCAUAAAAACCAGAAGUAACAUGACACCCCUUGUAUCACCAGGAUUUGAUGCCAGUGAGAAAUAUUACUAUGACUAUUUCAAAACCUAUCAUGGUCAGGUCUCAUAUUUCAGGUUGUAGUUUACGUCAUAAAUUCGCGCAAUAUUUGCUCUUUGGGAUAUAUUUGAAGUUUAGAAAUCUUUUGUAGUUUUGAAUGUGAAAGAGUUUGAGUCCAAGUUUUCAUGUUGCAAAGAAAACAAAAGGCUAAUAUAACAAGAUACAUUGCAAUGAAAGUUCUCCCUAUUUUGUUUUUUAAUUGUUAUGUUUUAUAUUUGCAACUUGAAAACUGGGACCCAUUACAAAACUUAGUUAAAUGAAUUGCAGCAUUUUGUUAUUUGGCAUUUGACUGAAAGAAAUAGAUGUUCUGGUUUUUAUUUAAUGAUAUCUUUCUUUUUAUGGAACAGAUCUGUGGAUGCCAAAGAAAGUAAAUAAUCACAUUCAGUACUGAUUACAUGUUCUAAAUUCUAACCCAUCCUAUACCUUAAAACCUGUAGCUACAACCUGAUAAGAGUUAUGCAGCAUUGUGAUGAAAUGUCGAUCAAAUAUUUGUCAGGAACAAUGUCGUACUUGCAGUUGGCCACCUGCUUCUCAUUUCUAAGACAUUUCAAACAUCAAAGUCUAUAAAACCGUUCUCAAACUAACAGAGAUAAUUCUUAUCUCUUUGUAGCACAACAAAUGCAUAAAUUCAAGGUCUGCAUGACUUUUAACGGCACUAAAAAUUCACCUCUUCUUGUUGAAUUUGCACUGAUAUGACUCGAGGGUAUUAAACUAGCUGAGUAAACAUUUUACGGUUCAAGUUGAUGUUUUACAUGUGUUCCUUUUACUAGGAUCAGUUUAAAAGUAUAACAUAUCAGUUCUGUCAGGGAAGCUUUUAAUUUUCAUGCCUCUGAACAACAACAACAAGAUAUAUCUGAAUGUUUCUGUGUUUAACAUCUUCAAUGAUUAAAAGUGGUUCCAAA